AUGACUCUCAUCCCAGCUCGGAGAGCCGUCGCCUUCACCAUCGAAGCUGGCCAAGAGGUGAAAAUCACAAACACCUUUGGCAAACAGGUCCUCGACUUUUGGGCAUUUAAUCCCCAAGAUGCAAACGAUUUCCUGUCCAUGGUCCACACCAGGACUGUUCUUCGCAAAGUCUCGAUUGCCAAGGGCGAUAAACUCUACAGCACGCGCAGGAAGCCGAUCUUGACUCUGGUAGAAGAUACGACAAAGGGCGUGCACGACAUGAUUUGGUCAGCCUGCGACGCGCAGAGGUAUCGUAUGCAGGGUGUUGAAGGGUACCAUGACAACUGCACUGAUAAUAUGCACAAGGUCCUUCACGACAAGUUCCCGGACUUCCCAAUGGCCGCCGACUGGGUGCCUGACCCUCUCAACCUCUUCAUGAACAUCGCCAUCGACCACCACGGCGGCCUCGACAUUCGUCCACCAACCAGCGAAAGAGGUCAAUACGUCAUCAUCAAGGCCGAGACUACUCUCCUAAUUGUCAUGAGCUCAUGCCCUCAGGAUAUUGAUCCUGUCAAUGCCGGUAUGCCCACAGACUGCGACUACGAGAUCGUCGGCGCUUCUCAAGCUGCUGAACCAUCUCUGGCACUCACACCGUCUCUGUCUUCUCGACCGCCGCCCAGUAAAGUCAAGGUCGCCCUUUCAGUCGACUUCGAUGCCGUGUCGCAUUGGCUCGGCACAGGCUGUCACGCGGAUAACAACAUGGCUGAUUACUCUUCCGGCAUUUUCGCCGGCCAGGUCGGUGUGUACCGUCUGUUAGACAUGUUCAAGAAGAAUGGCGUCGCAGACAAGAUGACCUGGUUUAUCCCGGGACAUACUACCGAGACCUUUCCAGAGGCUGCAAAGGCCGUGUUUGAGUCUGGGGCUGAGAUUGGGCUUCAUGGGUAUGCGCAUGAGGGAAUUGCGCAGAUGACUGAGGAGCAGGAGAAGGAUGUUCUUCUCAAGUGUAUCGACGUCGCCGAGAAGCUUACCGGCAAGAAGCCUCGUGGCUACCGCGCUCCCAUGUACACCAUCCGCGAAACCACCGUCAAGCUCCUCCGUGAGCACGAGUUCCUCUACGACUCUUCCCUCAUGCACCACGACUCGCAGCCUUACUUCACUCCCGCCGACCUUCCCAUCAAGCCCAUUGACUUCAGCCAGCCCGCCUCGUCAUGGCUCGAACCCUCACCAAUCACCUCCCAGGGUUACCCAGCCGAGGGCCUUCACCCGUUAGUCGAACUGCCCUGUGGCUGGUAUAACGAAGACAUGAUGCCGAUGAUGUACCUCCCUCACCUGGCGAAUAGCAUGGGCUACGUCUCAACGCGCGUGGUGGAGCAGAUGUGGAAGGACAAGUUUUUGUGGCUCUGGGAGACGGGCUACAAGGAGGGCGGCGACGCGAUGGACUUUGUCUUCCCGAUCCUGGUGCAUCCGGAUGUCAGCGGCUUGGCACACAUUAUCGGCAUGAUUGACAGGUUUAUCCAGUGGUUGAAGAGCUUUGGAGACUCGGUAGAAUUUUGUAGGUGUGAGGAUAUUGCCGAGGCGUGGCUGGCUGAGCAGCAGGGGAAGGAGAAGAGGUAG